AUGGCGACAAACAUCGGGAUGAUGGAUUCUGCUUACUUUGUAGGGAGAUCAGAAAUCCUUUCCUGGAUCAACUCAACCCUCCAUCUCAAUCUUUCUAAAGUCGAAGAGGCUGCAUCUGGUGCGAUCCAGUGCCAACUGAUGGAUGUCGUCCACCCAGCGGUAGUGCCUAUGCAUAAGGUCAAUUUUGAUGCCAAGAAUGAGUACGAGAUGAUCCAGAAUUACAAGGUCCUUCAGGAUGUCUUCAAUAAACUCAAGAUUACAAAGCACAUUGAAGUGAACAAGUUAGUGAAGGGAAGGCCCCUUGAUAAUCUGGAGUUCAUGCAGUGGAUGAAGAGAUACUGUGACUCCGUCAAUGGUGGACUUCAGUACAAUUAUAAUCCCCUGGAAAGGAGAGAGGCUUGCAAAGGUGGAAAAGAAGCAAGCAAGAGGACUGCAACUACACAAGGUUCAACCAAGACCUCAACGGCUGCCACCAAAACUCAAUCCUCUCACAACAGCAGAAGAAACGAUGCUUCUGCUGUUGACUCCUCUAAUCCAUCCAUCAAGACUACAAGACCUCCUUCUAAUGGAGUCGCUGCAUUUAAUGGACACCCUGCCUACGAUGAACAGAUCACAGAGCUGAAGCUCUCAGUGGAUAGCCUUGAGAAGGAGAGGGAUUUCUACUUUGCAAAAUUGAGAGAUAUUGAAAUUUUGUGCCAGUGUCCUGAGAUUGAGCACUUACCGAUUGUUGGUGCAGUACAGAGCAUAUUAUAUGCCACUAAUAACAAUGAAUCAGUGGUGGCAGAAGCACAAGCCAUGAUAAAUCAGCAACAGAGUCAUCCAAAGCCUUUGACUCCCGUUCUUGAGGCAGAAGAAGAAAUGCCAAAGAUAGAAACUCAAAAGCGGAAAAAUAUCUUCACUCUAGAGGUUAAUAGUGCGGCCAGUUCAAAAUUGUCUCCAAGGCAUAGGAGAUCUGAUGCAUCUGAUGUCCAUUGUAGUGGGUCUCCACUCAUUAGUUAUUGAUAUAAUUCAUGUGUUUAAGAAUCAAGAUACUUUGAUUGUAUCAUGUUGUCAAAAUCUAGCUCCCUCUUUCCAUUUUGCCCUCUUAUUUCUGGUGUGGCUAUGUAGCAGUGACUGAUGUAGUCCCAUGGAUGGCAAGACAGGGAUAGUAGCUCA